AUGGAGUGCAUGGCACAAAUUGUCCAAUCCCACCAGGGAAGAACUUAUGUUCUCCAAGUGAAGGUUCAGAUUGGUGGUUUUUUCUAUCUCCCAUCUAUUGGAAUGCACAAAGUUGCUGGAGGAUUUGGUGGCAUCAGAAUUUGGAGCCGACCUGAGAUUCCUGUUCUUUUCCCUCUUCCUGCAGGGGACUUCACCAUAAUUGCUGAAGAUUGUCGAAAAGGACCACUUUCAUUGUUGAUCAAGGGGAACAAGAUGAAACUUGUGGAGGAUCCCCUUCAAAACACUGAUGAUUCCCUUGACAUCCAUCUCGGGCAGUCCUAUUCUGUGCUUGACACAGCUGAUCAGUCUCCACAAGAUUUACAAGGCAGAUACUCGUUCGUCGCUACAACAACUCAAGCAAGAGAGUAUCUGGUCCCAUUCCCUGGGCCCUACCCUUUCUUUUUCAGGCCUGGACUACUGGAUACACUUUCUUAA